AUGAUACAUAUACCUUCUUCUUAUAUCAUAUCUUCACGGUUUUCUACACUUGAACCGAACGAUAUUUUAAAGAUUAUUCAUUUAGCAGAGCAAAAAUGGAAUGAGCGAGAAAUUCAGAAAAGACUCAAAAUACCAGAAAAGCCUUUCAUUGGCAUUGGUAUCACUAAUCCGCAAGAAUUGGAUACAGUUAUGAAUAAGCAAAAUAUACCAAUUAUUCACAUUCAUUCAGAUUGUAAAUCACUGCAAGCGAAUCAAAAGCACAAGCUGAAACGACAAUACUAUUGGCAUCGAUGCUUGUGGGCGUUAGAAUCGACGUUGUGGGGUAUUAUUGGA